AUGGGAUUGGACUUUGCUCUAUGGGGACUGGACUUUGCUCUAUGGGGACUGGACUUUGCUCUAUGGGGACUGGACUUUGCUCUAUGGGGACUGGACUGUGCUCUAUGGGGACUGGACUUUGCUCUAUGGGGACUGGACUUUGCUCUAUGGGGACUGGACUUUGCUCUAUGGGGACUGGACUUUGCUCUAUGGGGACUGGACUUUGCUCUAUGGGGACUGGACUUUGCUCUAUGGGGACUGGACUUUGCUCUAUGGGGACUGGACUUUGCUCUAUGGGGACUGGACUUUGCUCUAUGGGGAUUGGACUUUGCUCUAUGGGAACGGGACUGUGCUCUAUGGGAACGGGACUGUGCUCUAUGGGGACUGGACUUUGCUCUAUGGGGACUGGACUUUGCUCUAUGGGGACUGGACUGUGCUCUAUGGGGACUGGACUUUGCUCUAUGGGGACUGGACUUUGCUCUAUAG